AUGUGGGCAGACUGUUUUGUGAAAGACAGACAAAAGCAGCCUGGAGGAGAGAAGCUCCUGUACCCAAUGGCCAAGUGGAGCGUGGAGCCCUGGCAGGGAGGAGAGGAAGGGCAGGCCUGGGCGGAGGGCCAUGGGCGGCAGCCCGAUGGGAGCACCAUUAUCCUGCCCCCUCCUGCCUGCCGUGGUCGGGAACACAAAGAGAAGGAGGGUGGGGCCGUGACGGGGGCUCUGCUAUUUCAGGUGUGGAGAAAGGCGCUCAAGUCGCCUCCGAGAGGACGUGCCUCCUCCUACGAUGCCACCCCCUCCUCCCUAGCCGAGGUCCCCCCUCUCCGGAACAGGCCGCGGUGCAAGGACAAGUUAAACGCCUUAGCCAUCUCCGUGAUGAACCAGUGGCCAGGAGUGAAGCUGCGGGUGACAGAGGGCUGGGACGAGGACGGCCACCACUCAGAGGAGUCGCUGCACUACGAGGGCCGUGCAGUGGACAUCACCACCUCGGACCGCGACCGCAGCAAGUACGGCAUGCUGGCACGCCUGGCCGUGGAGGCCGGCUUCGACUGGGUCUACUACGAGUCCAAAGCGCACAUCCACUGCUCGGUGAAAGCAGGCCCUCAGCCACUAGACAUCAGUUGGAAGAAGAAAAGUUUUCCUGCUUCAACAGUUCAACAGUUUUGCCCCUCGCCGCUGCGGUCACCUCGCUUCUCCACGCCUCGGUCGGGGGUCCCCCAGCCAGCCCGGGGCGCCGCACUGCCAUCCGGACGGGCCCUCAAGCAGCUCCCGGCGCCCGGGACCCCGGCCCGGCUGCUCGCCCGCGGCCUGCCGGCCGCACAAGUCUCCGGAGCCGGGCCUAGGACGGGCGGCGGCUCGGCGUGA